AUGAUUUACGAAGUCCGAAAUAAUGGACAACUAAGUGGUUUUGGUUGGGAUGACCAAAAAAAAUGUGCGACAGCAAGUGCAGAUGUAUGGGAUGACUAUUUGCGGGCUAAUCCUGAAUGCACAUUCAUGAGAAAUAAGUCUUUUGUUUAUUAUGAUGAAUUGGAAAUUAUAUGGGGUCAGGAUAGAGCUAAUGGGAAUAAUGCAGAAGCUCCUGCAGAUAUGGUUGAAGAAAUAGUUAGAGAGGAAGAUAUUGAUCAAGAAGAUGGUGAGGAAUCUGACAGUAACGAUGACCCUAAUACAUUGGCAGCCAAUCCUGGAGGUGACGAAACUUCCAAAAAUCCAGAACGUAAGAGAAGAAGAAGUGUAGAUGGUUUAAUUUUGAGUUUAGAGCAUUUGACUAAUGCCCUCACAACUCAAAUGCAAAAAUCUGAUGAGCAAAUGCUUAAAGUGGUAGAAAAUUUUGCCGGAGGAGGUAAUCAGAAUGUGGGCAAUCGUCACAAACUAAAUGAAGAGCUACAAAAAGUGGAUGUGCUGACAGCAGUAGAGAAACAACGAGCUGCUAUGAAACUUGUUCAUGAUCCAAAUUUGUUGGACAACUUUUUUAAUCUUGGCGUUGAUGAGAAGGAUAUUUUUCUAGUUGAACUUCUGGUUUAA